UAAGAAAUCAAAUCGAACAGUUCAAUUGAAGCAAAAACAAAAGAUUUAUACGAAAAGUGUUCAACGUGAUAUCAACUAGAAGAAAAGAAGAAUCAAAUAAAAUUGGAAAAAUGGGAGUAAACAAACUAUUCGUUAUCAUUGGAGUCGUUGCCUUAGUGCAAUCAAUUUACUCUGCACCCGCAUCUACUGACUGCCGCUGUAUUCGUCAAUAUCUCCCCGUUUGUGGAUCGGACAACGUAACUUACUCCAACAACUGUCUGUUUGAAUGUGAAAAGAAACGAAAUCACAAUUUGAUCAUCAAAUACAAUGGUAAAUGCAGCAACGAUCAAAUCGUUCCAGUUCCAUACGCAUCGGAAGAUUGCGCCUGCACUCUUAUUUUUGAACCAGUCUGCGGUAGUGACGGCAAUACAUAUGUCAACGAAUGUUCUUUGAACUGCGUGGGAAAGAACCUCAGAAGCUUAGAAAUGAAACACAAAGGUGAAUGCCAAGAUGACGAGAAAGUUGUGCCAGUUCCAUACGCAGCUGAUGAUUGUAUCUGCACCCGAAACUUUGCACCAGUCUGUGGAAGCGAUGGAAAUACAUACGCCAACGAGUGCACAUUGAAUUGCGCCAUUAAAAACAUAAAAGGAUUGAGCUUGAAACACAAAGGAGAAUGCAAGGAAAACGAAAAGGUUGUACCAGUUCCAUACGCAGUUGAGGAUUGUGUUUGUGCUCGAAACUUUGCACCAGUCUGUGGAAGGGAUGGAAAAACAUACACCAACGAGUGCAGAUUGAAUUGCGCCAUUAAAAACAUCAAAGAAUUGAGCUUGAAACACAAAGGAGAAUGCAAAGAAGACGAAAAGGUUGUACCAGUUCCAUACGCAGUUGAGGAUUGUAUUUGCGCUCGCAACUUUAUACCAGCCUGUGGAAGUGAUGGAAAUACAUACUCUAACGAAUGCAUGUUGAAUUGCGCCAUUAAAAACAUCAAAGGAUUGAGCUUGAAACACAAGGGCGAAUGCAAGGAAGAUGAGAAAGUUGUGCCAGUUCCAUACGCAGUUGAGGAUUGUGUUUGUGCUCGGAACUUUGCACCAGUCUGUGGAAGCGAUGGAAAUACAUACACCAACGAAUGUAUAUUGAAUUGCGCCAUUAAAAACAUCAAUGGAUUGAGCUUGAAACACAAAGGAGAAUGCAAGGAAAACGAAAAGGUUGUACCAGUUCCAUACGCAGUUGAGGAUUGUGUUUGUGCUCGAAACUUUGCACCACUCUGCGGAAAUGAUGGAAAAACUUAUACCAACGAAUGCACAUUCAAUUGUGCUAGCAGGAGCAAUAAAAGCUUGAAAGUGAAACAUCAAGGCAGAUGUUAGUCAUCGAAUGAUAAUUGAGCAUAGCAUAAUUUAAGUUUCUGAUAAUAAUUGAUAUUGAUCUAAUGCAAGACUUAUAGCUUAAAUAUCUAAGAUUAAGUAACUUCUAUUUAAAUUAUUCAUUGAUUGUACUUUGGCCGCUGGAAGGAAAUGUGCAAAUAAAACGAAAAAAUUCCAUUACUUAAA